AGAAGAACCCAGAUGGCACCCAGUGCGUCACAGCCACGGUGCCAAAAUGGCGCGUGGGGCUCGUGCGCGCGUUCUCGGUGCGCCUCUAUGCGGGGCAGUGCGGCGCGCAGGAGGGGCGUGCGCGCGCAGUGGAGGAGAAGGUGGCCGUGGUCUUCGUCCAGCGCUCGUUCGUCUUUCUGCCUGCCUUUGACGGAGGAGCCGGGGGGGGCGGCCGGGGAGAAUGAGAGAGCUGGUCCGGCGUCCAGAACCAUGAACGGCGCCCUCUACAUCUCGUUUUUCCAGGGCCAGCUGGAGUCCGCGCUGGAGCAGGUGGUGCAGCUCGCCGUGCAGGAAAUCACCAAGAGUGUGGGCGCCAGCCUGGGCUCCAUGCUGCUGGACACGGCCUCCAAGGAGCAGGAGAACCAGCGGCUCCGAGCCACGCUCCAGGGAGGCGAUGGGAAGGCGAAGGGUGCCGAGGAGCCCGGAGGAGCCAAGGAGAAGCAGCGCGGCUCCAGCCUGCGCUUCCAGACGACGGACUCCUUCAGGCUGGAGCAGAAGAGAAGAGCCGUGGAUCAGCUGAAGGUGGUGAUGGAGCAGGUUCUGGAGUUUGCUGUAUGUGAACUGACCAAAAUCGUGGAGGACAGUUUUGAUGACCUGCUGCUGGAGCUGACGAAGACGGAGCGGGAGAACGAGGAGCUGAGGGAGCGAGUGCGGGAGACGGAGGAUAAAAGGGUCGUAGACGAGGAGCCACAGGAGAACAGGACGGACUCUCCGGGCAGCUCAGAGGGAGCAGGAGCUAAAGAACAGGGUCAGGAACCGGCAGAGAACAAAAAUGAAUCGGAGUCGGACAGGCCGGCGGUGAUCACGGUGUCUCAGGACUGGGUUCCCAUCCUGGAUAAAGUGUUUGGUCAGAAGUGGUGCAGUGACCUGUGGCAGAUUAAAGAGCUGAGCAGCAGUAAGGAGGAGCAUCCGGCACAGGGCUCAGGGGUCACACCGGACGUGGAAGGCCCGAUCCAGGAGAGUUUAGCGUCAGCCCCUCAGAAGAAUGCCGAGGUCACGCCGGAUCCGCCUCAGUGGCUGCAGGCGCAUGACACAGAGGUGGUGACCUCUGAACCCCAGUGUACUUCGGUCAGCAGCUCAGUAGGUGAUGAGUCUCAGUUAAAGUCCCCCUCAAUGCUUCACCGGCUCCUCACGCUGCCUUCCCAGCUGCUGGAGGAUAACGAGGAAUCCAUGGAGGCACUUUCCAGCCUGGCUGACCCUGAGGAGCCUCUGGUCAUCACGGAAACCCCGGGUCAGAGCAGUCAGGCCCUUCAGCAGGAGAAAGCGGAUGAUGAGGAGGAGGAGGAGGAGGAGGAAGUGGAGCAGCACGAAUCCUCCAGGAACAAAGGUGGAAAAAAAGUUCAUGUGUGCAAAGAUUGUGGCAAGAAGUUCAGCCGAUCGAACCUGCUCAAAAUUCACCGGCAAACGCAUAAGGAGAAGGAAGCGGGCAUCCACUGCCCGGAGUGUGGGAAAAACUUCUCUCAGCUGACCAAACUUCAGGCCCACCUACGGACGCAUUCGGGCAAAAUGACGUGAGUGGACUGGAGGGGAAAUUGGAGGAAAAAAUGAGGGUUAAAAAGGGUCCAAUAGUUUCCCACAAUGGUUUUAUGGUUUCUUGGUUUUAUGGAGAGAUGACUGUGAGGAUCUUUAACAUUGGAGUUUCCAAACUGCUAGUUUGAAGGUACAAGACGUGUAGUAUAGGACAGAUUUCCCAUGCUUUGUACUCUGGUUUUUCAGCCGUCUUCAUUUUUUUAACCUUCUGAAUUGCUUUUCACUCAUUGGAAAAACAUGGACAUCACGUAUGUUGCAAACAGUGAAACUGUAUCAAUAGAGAAAUACGUUUAUAUAUAUAUAUUUCAUCGUCUGAAAUCGAAUGUGAACCGUAGCUCAUCUGGGACGAGGCGGUGGCAGCGAGAAAGCUGGUGUCCUACAAGGAACGAGCGAUGGGGAAAUUCUUUUGUUCUUCUGUUGAUUUUCCAUCUCCAAGCGAGGCGGAGUGAACAAGCGAUUUGUAACAGAUCAUCGUGGCUCUUAGUCUUCAUUCACAUAGGACUCAACACAAAAUACCUCUGCAGAAAUGGACUGUCAACAUUGAAUCCGACAAACGGGAUCAGAAACUUGAUCUCUAAAUGAAGAAUUUGUAAAGUAGUUUGGCACAACGUAAUCAAAACUGACACAUCCACCAUUAUCUGUAGUGUACUGCGAGAUGAACCUUUUCCAGGUUUGAGGAUGGACGUCAUCACGGCUCUGGCCUUCUGAGAGAAAUACUCUGGGGCGUUUAUGCAGAACUAGAUGGCUUUUCAGGCUGGACUGAUUCUGGAACUCCAAAAGGGAACGUGGUUGGGGUUCUUUGUGUCUUCUUGAGGGGAUUCUCUUUGCCUUUCUCUUUCUUUAAGGCAUGCACUCUUUACAGAAGCGUCCUGAUCUAGAGUAGCGUCUUCCUGUUCUGAUAGUGUAGUAUUUUUAAUGUUUUGGGUGGAUAUAAUAGGCGUAUCUUCAACUUGCAGCAAUGAGUUUGCUGCCAACUCUGCAGAGUUAAACGUAGAUGUCACAUCUUUGGUAGAAUCCACUCAAUCACGGAGCCUUUGUCUUUGGAGGCUUUGCUUCCACAUAGAGGCAGCAAAACCCAGCAGUGUGGAACGCAGGUCCUGGAGGGCAAAGCGCCCAACGAAGAGCUAAUCAGAGGAAGAAUUUGACAAAAAAAAUCAAUCAAAUAGACACAGUUUACCCCCUCACUCAUUUUCAGAUGUCGUGAGCUAGAUGAGACACGUUUGGCAUCUGAAGUUUGCUUCUUCAGCUUUGGCGCUGGAGCUACGAGGCUAAUAUAGCCAAUAAGUGAAAAAAUUUGCACUGACCACUCAGGCCAACCUUUUGGCCAGUAUGAAGAAUUUGUGGCCAGAAUUGUGGAAGCAUGUUUAGUGUAUAUACAUUCAGGGUCAUGCUUCAGCACCAAAAACCAGUCAGGUGUUUGAAAAUGGUUCUGUGUGGCAUCAAAAUGGGUUCUCCUAACAAUGGAAGAACCAUUUUUGGUGUUACAUCGACCCAUUAUCAAAAACCUUCAGUGUAGAACCAUAUACAACAUAUUCUCCAUCAAUCUACAGAACCAUUUCACCAUGCGGAGAACCAUUUAAGUAUAAAAUGAUUCUUCUUAGGAGCCAUAGUUCUAAACAGAACCAUUGCCUUUAUUAAAGAACCUUUUUUUAAAGUGUGUACAUGCCUCAUAGCUCCAAUGAUGAAACUAAAGAAGCAAAAAGCUGCAGUGAGGUGACCCUCCAGAUCUUCUGUUCUACCCUUCUGACCUGCUGCCUAGUUUCUCUGUGGAUGCAGGAUGUUCUGUCCUGGUCCACUGUGAACUGUGUUGGCAUUCCCACUGAGAAGUUUUGGUGUUGGUGUUCCUCACGGUCCUCACAUCUAUACCUCAUCAUCCAGACCAUGAUUUGUGUGUCUUCUGCAAUAAUAAGGAGAAGAAGCAGCAGCUGGUCCAAACGUUUACAAAGGCAUGCUUGCAAAAACAGGUUGGGGCUGAUGACGUAAUCGGGUUAUCCAGGAAUGGAUUCCAACGUCUUUUUAUUAGACUGUAAAAUUUUAUUUGAUCUAUUGUGUAACAUUAUGAAACUAGAGAUUGUGGCCUAGUUAAAGAGCUUGGUUCAGCUCAGAUAAUGAAUGAUGAGGCACCAUGAUCAGCCCUUCCAAAGACUGAGCUACGUAAGUGCAGAUCUUCCUAACGAUCUAAUAUCAGAUCAUGUGAUAUUGGUACCAAAUUCAUACUGAAAUCAGUUGAAACAGCUUUAUGGAUUUUUCUGUUUGUUACAAAUGCAUUAUACACUCAUUGAGCACUUUAUUAGGAAUGUUACGACCCACAGAAAACAAGAGUGGGCUCUGUCGCCAGACCAAACGUCGCCCACCGUUUGAACCAGCGAGCAGCUCAGGUUGGUUAUAGUUCCCUAAAUCUCAGUGGGGUAACGGUUUUGGGGACGAGUGUAUGCCGAAAUAACAAGACUCUGGGUCCAUCUUAUCCAAUGUUUCUGUAUCUGUCUGUAUCUUUGUGAUGAUCCAGCUCAGAAAUCCAGGACAAACCCUUCCUGAAUCUGUAGAGCUGCCCUUUCCAUUCCAUCUCAUCAUGAGAUCAUACAAUACUCACAUCCUGAGUUAUGAGCCUAUGAAGAGGGGCUGAGAUACACGUCAUCUGCCUCUCACCGUGUGGAGCUGGUGGAUUCGUGUGUCUGUCUACAUUCUGUGUGAAACUGACUGACGGACACUCAGGAAAUCCCUAAGGAAUUACCGUCACGCCAGAAACCCUUCAGUCUUCAUUCAGUCCACAUCGGAGACUCGUGUGAAACGGCGUCAGAGAGUUUACAGCUGCUGAAGCUGCUGUAGCGGGUUUGGAAGAUGGUGUGGGUGCCUACACACUGGACAGAGCAAAGACGGAGCGGUAGACACAUACACAUGCAGAUCCUGUCCGUCAAGAAGGUGUGGAACAGGGGCAGUUUGUACAGUUCAGAAUCCAGCAGAAAACAAAACAUUUGGACCAGAAACAGACAUGAAGUGCCAUCAAAAGAAAAUGUUGAUGAGCCAAGCAGACAAAAGCCACGAAGACAAAGAAGUUAUAAGGAACAGGAAAGACUACACAGAGUUGCCAGAGAACUUGUAGAGGGGAGAAUUUCCACUCUGUAAUGUCUUCCGGGCACUAGAGGGCAAUCCUGAGCAAGUCCAAAAUGAAUGGGUUGAUAUGGACCAUUUGAGCAAUUCAUUCACUGAACACAAAAUAGCAUUAAACAUCUUAACACCGCUGCUAUAUUUUAGGAGCUUUUAAACUCGAGUUAUAGGAGUUUCAACUUCAACGCCUCAUGUACGUUCAUGAUGUCAGUGCGCGCGAACAGCCAAUGAGCUGCUCCACUCGCCAAUCAAUCAUCACGCUCUAGCAGUGAAGCCCACCUCCUGCUUCCCAAAACCCGUUUACUGUAGAAUAAAGGAAACAUACAGGUGUUUUCUCUGCUGUUUUCGUGAAACUCGUUCUUUUAUGGUCUCAAAUUAAAGGAAAGUUCUGGGCAAGUGAUUAGAGACUAUUUUAACUUCUUGUUUUUAGCCCUCCCGUGUCUGCGUGGGUUUCGUCCGGGUUCUCCGGUUUCCUCCCACAGUCUAAAGACAUGCAGUCAGGCCAACUGGACGUGCUAAACUACCUCGAGGUGUGAGUGACUGCCUGUGUCUGUCUGCAU